GUCCACCCUAAUCCAAACGAAAUAAAUAAUGGCUGACCUGUGUCGUUAUUGCGUGCAUCCAACGAUAAUAAUAUUUACAUUGUAAGGCUGGGUUACAGUUUUACCUUGAAGAUUCAAGAAUUUGUUUUGGAGUUUUUGUUUUCUCACAAGUAACCAAGUGGAAAGUGAAAAAGCACAAUUGAUUAUGAUAUCAGCUCGUGAAGCGCGCUGAACAACCUGGCAUACGUAAAUAUGCAUCAUAACGAAAAAUUUAGCAAAAAAUGCUUUAAUAUAUUAUCAAAGUGUCCAUUGUUAUGACUUGUACAAUGGGAACAAACGAUGGAAUUCGAGUUUCUACAAAGUGAAAAAUGUAAAUAAACAUAAAAAUGAAGCGAAUUUUUAUUGUUGACCAAUAUUUUAGUAUUAUAGUUGUCGAUGUUGUCAAUGUCUGACUCAUACUCUUGAACUUAUCAAGAGUUUCAUUAAAUAUUUCACUAUGGUUCACAUACCGAGCGCAUAUACUUACGACUUUUGGACUAAAACUCCGACUGAAGUAGUCGAGUUGACAUGUCUCAUGCCCAAUGGUGUCAUCAUUCCAUUGGAAGCUAAUCGGAAUAUUACCCUCGCUGAAAUCAAAGAGGACUUAUGGGAAGAAGCAAGCAAGUAUCCGCUCCAUGGUACAUUAAAAGAUGCACCAUCUUACGUGUUCUCAUGCAUCAAUUCAAAUGCCGAGGCCGAAGAGUUAAGAGAUGAAAGCAGAAGAUUAUGUGAUAUAAAACCUUUUUGUUCUGUCUUGAAAGUUAUUGAAAGGGAAGGGGUCAAAGGUGACAGGAAUUUAGACUCACAGAUUGGUGUACUGAUAGGAAAAGGUCUUCAUGAGUUUGCUGCAUUGAAAAACUCCGAAGUCAAUGACUUUAGAUGGAAAAUGCGACUGUUGGGAGAUGAUAUCGCACUGCAACGACAAAAACUCGAUUGGGAGGAAAAGAUGCGCUAUCAAUAUCCACCUAGAUUAGCACCAACUUCAGCAAUUCCGAAAAAUAUUGAAUCUCGACUCAAGGAUGGGAACAUGCAGGUCCUUACUAAAUUUCAGAGUACUGAAACGACUUACACUUUUCAAAUAUCUCACGAUACAACGCCAUAUCAACUGAUAGAUCUAAUUUUAAAGAAACGUGCAAAUACAUUGAUGUCGAAGGAUGAAAUACCAUCGGAUUUUACGUUAAAAGUAUGCGGUCAAGAAGAGUAUUUGAUUGGUGACUAUCCGCUGAUUCAAUAUAGCUACAUUCAGAACUGCAUAUCACGGGAUAUCACUCCAACUCUCAUCACAAUAAAUAUAAAUAACGUCAUGGUAGAUCAGGAUAAUUUAUUCGAAAAUCCUGAGUUAGAUACUUUAAAACGAGCUCGACCGACUUUUUCUACUCUUACAUUGCGCAAAAAAGGUAAACAUAUUUCAGCUUGGAAAAUCGAAGAUUGGUUUGUAUUCAACGUCAAUGGGAUCUCUCGAUUGAAUUGUGAUGCAGCGAAUAGAACUGUUGAGGUGGGGUUACAAGCAGGUUUGUUUCACGGUGGAAAGUCUCUCUGUGAGAGUCAAAAAACCAAAGAAAUAACUGUCAAUCCCGAUGGUAGUUGUUAUUGGGAAGAAAUGCUCAAGUUUGAUAUCAGGGUCAAAGACAUACCACGUAAUGCACGACUUUGCUUCGUUCUUUAUGAAAUAAGUAAGACUGCUAAAGGCCUCAAAAAUCGAAGACUGGUUAAAGAUUCAAAACAAGAUUAUUUUAUAAAUCCAUUGUGCUGGGCAAAUACCACAAUUUAUGAUUUUAAAUCACAAUUCAAAACGGGUGCAAUGACACUUUAUACAUGGACAUAUGUUGAAGACAUGCAAAAUGAAGAUUUGUUACAUCCUCUUGGGACUGUUGUAUCUAAUCCACAUAUAGAUCGUGCUGCUGCUUUAAUGCUUACAUUUCCUAAUUACGGAAAAGACAAGUCUGUAUUAUAUCCUUCGCCAGAUAAAGUUGUUGAAUACGCCAUGAAGUUACGUGAAACUAAAGAAGAUUAUGGAACUGAGGAUAUAAAUCAAGAGUCUGAAAUGAGUAAACAACAACUAGAACAAUUAAAGCUGCUUGCUGAUCGUGAUCCUUUACAUGAACUUCAUGAGCAGGAGAAAAAGACAAUAUGGGCUUUGAGAAGACACUGUCUUCGUGAGAUACCAAGUUUGUUGUCAAAAUUGUUGCAAUGUGUAGAGUGGAAUGAUCAUGAAGAAGUUGCUGAGGCAACUGCUUUAGUACAGCAGUGGCCAAAAUUGCCUGUAGAAAGAGCCUUAGAAUUAUUAGAUUAUGCAUAUGCUGAUCAAACGGUUCGGAGUUUUGCAGUUCGCUGUUUAAAGGAUGUUAGUGAUGAAGAUUUAAGUUUGUUUUUGCUGCAAUUGGUUCAAGCAUUGAAGCAUGAAAAUUAUUUAUCGUGUGAUCUCACCGAAUUUUUAUUACGACGAGCGCUCAAUAAUCAGAGAAUAGGACACUAUUUAUUCUGGCAUUUAAGGUCUGAAAUGCAAGUAGCAUCUGUAUCAGUACGAUUUGGACUCAUUCUUGAAGCUUACUGCCGUGGUGCUCAGCAACAUAUGAAAAUUUUAUUCAAACAAAUGGAAUGUUUAGAUAAAUUAAAAAAUGUCUCUGAGCAAGUGAAGCAACGGAAAGAUCGUAAAUUAGCUCUUACAGCAUUUCAGGAUUAUUUACAAGAACCGCAUUGCCAAGAAGCUCUCUCCAAUAUUCUUAAUCCAUUGGAUCCAAGCUUUCGAUGGCAUCAAAUUAAAAUUGAGAAGUGUAGAGUAAUGGAUAGUAAAAUGAGACCCCUUUGGCUUGUGUUCGAUAAUUCGGAUCCUUUUGGAGACGAUAUUUAUUUAAUUAUGAAACAUGGAGAUGAUUUAAGACAAGAUAUGUUAACUUUACAAAUGUUAAGAAUAAUGGAUAAAUUGUGGAAGCGAGAAGGUUUAGAUUUACGUAUGAAUCCAUAUCGAUGCAUAUCUACUGAUAAUCGAGUUGGAAUGAUUGAAGUAGUCUUAAACGCUGAAACGAUUGCAAAUAUUCAAAAAGAGAAGGGAAUGUUUUCAGCUACAGCUGCCUUCAGACGCGGUUCUCUUCUUACUUGGUUAAAAGACCACAAUACCACAAAGGCCGCACUUGAUAAAGCAAUAGAAGAAUUUACGUUAAGUUGUGCUGGCUAUUGUGUAGCAACUUAUGUUCUCGGAAUCGCUGACCGGCAUUCAGAUAACAUAAUGGUCAAGAAAACUGGCCAAUUAUUUCACGUAGACUUUGGUCAUAUUCUUGGACAUUUCAAGGAAAAAUUCGGCUUCCGGCGAGAGCGAGUGCCCUUUGUACUCACUAAUGAUUUCGUUCAUGUUAUUAACAAAGGACAAACUAAGAAGGGUCAAGCUGUUGAGUUUCAACGAUUUCAGAAUUACUGCGAGACGGCUUUUUUAGUUCUUAGGCGUCAUGGUGGAUUGAUUCUGUCUCUUUUUGCUAUGAUGAUCUCCACGGGAUUGCCCGAACUUUCGUCAGAAAAGGAUCUUAAUUAUUUAAGAGAUACCUUGGUAUUAGAAAUGUCGGAAGCUGAGGCACAAAAACAUUUUAGAAGCAAAUUUGAUGAAGCUCUUUGUAAUUCGUGGAAAACUUCGUUGAAUUGGGCUUCUCAUAACAUGGCUAAAAAUAAUAAAACUACGUAAAAAAUAACGUAAGACUGCAAGUGCUCAGAAUUUAUAAAUUUGUUUAUGAUUAUUUUAUUAAGAGUGGUAGUUGUCAGCGAUUCAUUUAAUGAGAUUUCAUAGAUUUUCUGAUAAUAAUGAAAAUGAAGAUGAUAACAUACAUUGCCAAAUGUUUUGAAUAUUUUUUUUAUGAGUCUAAUGCUCACUACAAAAUGUACAUGUUAAUCCAUAUGCCUACAACAGUGUGAUUAUUCAAAGCAAUAUCAACUAUUUAAAUAAUUUAGAUAAAAACAACACAUUUUUCAUAAUGUAAUGUAAUCACUGGCUCCACUCAUUUGUAUUGUAUAAAUAAUAAUUAGGAUACAACUUUUUCAAUUUUUAAUCACAAUUGGUCAACUAUUCGUAUAAAUAGUUACAAUUGAAUCUUUUUCGAAUGAAACACUUACCAAAUAAAUCUGUAGAUUUUUAAAAAAAUUUUCACACACAAUAUUUAUAAUAAUAUUUUUUCGAAAAAUUCUUAAUGAAAAAAAAAAAAAAAUUACCAAUAACUACAUUUGCUUUGUAUAUUUGCUAGAACAGUUAGAUUUUCCAAAUGAACAGUAAAAUUAAUUAUAAAUAGUACAAUAAAUAAACACAAUAGGCACCACUUUUAAUAAUCAAUCACAUACGCAAGUGCCAAUAAAUUGUUAUUUUAAUUUUCAUUAAUUAUUUCGAAUUUAUAAAUCAUUUUAGAUAAUAUUAAUUCGCUGUUUAUCCAAGACUUUAUUGAUGCAAAUCAUUUUCUCAGAUACAAAAUUAUA